AUGUGCCAAACGCCCACUGUUGAGACCGUCAAAGGGAUGCUCGGCCCAGCCGUUCCCGCAGACGUUACUAUCAAGAAGAUCCAGAGUGUUCCGUCGCUGCAACCCAAGAGCAUCUACCAAGCCGCCCUAUCCGAUGGCAGGAGUAUACAGCUCGUUCUUCCUCCUCCCCCACAAUGGCGACCCCUGAGAUCCGAGCAAGGACUGAUAGAGUCCGAAGCGGCUGCGGUGGCGUGGAUCAAGGAGACUAUCACCCGGCAGAGCACCACCGAACGCCAGGACGAACGGCCUCCGUCCUCAAACUCCGAUCGCAUCACCAGACCGCCGGAGGUGCUCGCCCUCCUACCAACACUCCUCCACCACGGCCAGCCAACCGACGGGUCCAAAACACCGUUUGCCGCCUACCUCGCCGUCCAGGGCACCCCCUUAUCCCUCCUGGGCCGCCCACCAACACCCUCCUCGCAGCGCGCCAUCGACCGCCAACUCGGCGCCCUGUUCCGCAGCCUGGCCCACCUGACCUCUCCCACGGGCCGCUUCGGCCCGCUGGCCGCCGUGCUCGGCACUGCCACCACAACCGGCCGGCCGCCCGAAGAAACAACAGCCGGAGCCGCGCCGGCGAAAACAUCCCCGAAGCUGAUGCUGCAGGGCGGACUGUCGGCGACCGGCGGCGCGGGCACCUGGUCGGUCGCGUUCCACUCCAUGCUGGAAAGCGCCCUGCGCGACGGCGAGGACAUGGCCGUCGUGAUGGCCUACUCGACCAUCCGCCGGCAGUUCCGGCGGGUGGGGUAUCUGCUGGAGGAGGUGACGGUCGGCCGGUUGGUUGUUGUGGAGGGGGGCGAGAGGGCGAACAUACUCGUGUCGGAAGAGCGCGCGGGCGGGGACGCUGCUGAGGAGCAGGAGCCUCAGGGGGACUCGGAAAGACAGGAGGGCAGGGCUGGGAAAGGAGGCGCAAAGGAUGAAAGAGAGGACGGAAAGUCGGGGAAGGAUCCUCACAUUAAAGACGGCAGGGAGAGCGAAGAACCCCAGAAGGAGGCGGACACACAACCACGACUAAGGCUAUGCGGCCUCCGCGACUGGAGCAGCUGUGUCUUCGGCGACCCGCUGCUGGCGACCGUCUUCAGCGGCGCGCAACAACAACACGAGCCGGGCCGACCGUCGGCCGCCUUUCUCGAGGGCUUCAACAACGGCGGAAAAACAACAACAACAGCAGCAGCAGCAGCAGCCGACGACAACGACCACGCGCCGCCGCCGCUGCCCACGCGCGACCGCCCCCCCUUCUUCUUCCCCCUGGACAAGUCGGUCGUCGAAGACAACAACGGCACGGCCUGGGUGCGGCUGCUCCUGUACCAGGCGUACCACGCGGUCGUGCGCAUCGUCAGCGAGUUCUACCGGCCGCGCCAGGACAGCAGCGCGCGGGAGCUCGAGGCGCGGCGCACGCUGAACGAGGUGCUGGCGCGCCUGGCCGAGGUGCCCGACGACGCGGCGAGGCGGAAGCAUCCGAGGCCGAGCGGCGGCGAGAUGUCGCCCGCUAAGAGGGUGAAGGCGGCUGAUGGUUGA